AGCAUAAACCUGAUAGGGAAAAGACUGUCGAAAAAUGUCGCAAAACAACCGGAGGACAUGUGGAUCCAAGUUCACCGGAUGCCCGAAAGCCUCAAAGAUCCGGCAGUUUGAAUCGGCUCUGGAUUAUGCCCACCGUGCUAUUCGAAGCUUGAACAAAGAUGUCAGAAAACUUGGGAUCGAGAAUGAUGUCCUCAGAUCAGGUCUACAGGACGAAAAUCGGGUCCUAACGGAAGAGCAAAGAAAUGCAGAACUCCUUCUCAAAAAGCAGGUAAAUAAAAUAAUUAGAUUGAAUGCGCACAGUGCACAAUCAUCCCACCCAACCAUCAUUCUUCUCAAUUUUUUUUGCGCGAUAUUAAACAACACGGCGAAAAAUAAAACAGGACGGAAAAGUGGGAGUAGUCAAGCAAUUUUAUUAUAACUUUCUUAUCUAUUCUAGUGUUGUUCUUUUAUUAUUUGUUUUGAUUUGUUUAUCAACGCAAGAUGCGCAAAUAAAGCGAAGCAAUAA